AUGGCCAGGUUUGCCCAACUGCUGGCCUCUGCGGCGGCGCUGGCGGUUGGUGCCUCAGCUACGGGCAGCGAAACCGUCCUGAUUAACGAAAUUGGCCGUCUGAACAACCAGAGCUUGCUAUGGGGGCCUUACAAGCCAAAUCUCUAUUUCGGAGUGAGGCCGAGGCUGCCCCAGGGCCUGUGGACGGGCUUGAUGUGGGGGAGAGUUGAGGGGUACAUGGAUAUCCAGUCGUUGUUCCGCUACACCUGUGAGCAGGGCCAGGACAUUCAUGGAUAUGGUUGGGAUGAGUACGAUGCACGGACUGGUGGCGUUCAGACGAUCCACGACGAAGGCAACGGCAUUGAUAUCACCACUUCCUUCAUCAAGGUUCCCGGAGGAAACCAUGGCGGCAGCUGGGCUGCGAGAAUCAAGGGAACUGUGCGUGAUGACACACCCGACGACACCAAGUAUCUGGUGCAUUACUACAUCGCCCAAGAAGGCCUGGGAGAUCUCGAGGUCCAGGGUGAGGACGGCGAUGGACUGGGAUUCGAAGGCGACGUCACCUUGAAAGGAAGCUCCAGUGCCCUGGGCGAUUACACCGUUGUGAUUACUGAGGGAUCCGGCAACCAUCCAACCUCUGACCAUGAAGUAUCCGCUUCACGACGAGGAGAUAGGACAGUGGUGCGUAGCCUCAGCCUCCCAGGCGAACAUAUCUGGCAGGCAAAGGCUGCAGUCUUCCGAGAGUUACAAGAACCCAUACAGGAGAUUCAACACCAAUUCACUGACGAAACUCUGCCUCCCCCAUGGCAAAUCUACCGACUCAAGUCCCACCCCGGCGGCGGUAACGUCCACCUCGUUCAGAAAGUGUUUGAAGGAUCAUUCGAAUUCGAUGUCAUCUUCUCAUCAGCCUCAGCUGGUAAGGAAUUGACAAGCCAAGACGUCACGCGAGAGAUUAAAGAGACCUCGGAGGCUUUUGCACAGCGGUUCUCAAGUGUCUUUGAUUUGAAGGCGCCUUACAACACCGACAAGUACCAAAAGUUUGGCAAGAGCAUGUUUUCCAACCUGAUUGGAGGCAUUGGAUAUUUCCAGGGACAUCAACUGAUUGACCGGUCUUAUGCCGAUGAGUACGAGGAAGAGAACGAGGGCUUCUGGGACGAUACGGCCGAGGCCCGAGCACGCAAGGCUCAGGAGCUAGAAGGCCCAUACGAGCUAUUUACGAGCGUUCCUUCGCGACCAUUCUUCCCUCGCGGGUUCUUCUGGGACGAAGGGUUCCAUCUCAUACCAAUUGCUGACUGGGAUAUCGACUUGACGCUCGAGGUUAUCAAGAGCUGGUAUAACACCAUGGACAGCGAUGGAUGGAUCCCCCGUGAGCAAAUUCUUGGCCCAGAGGCCAGAAGCAAAGUACCAGUAGAGUUCCAGGUCCAAUACCCCCACUACGCCAACCCGCCGACCCUAUUUUUAAUCAUCGAGGACUUCAUGGAGCGCCUUCGCGGUGCCAACGGUAGCGCGCCUGCCGAGAAGGAGACGCUAUCUCAAGGAGAGACCUUGUAUAACGCUCAUCUGGAUAACCUGGAGCUGGGUGGCGAUUUUCUCCGCAAGAUUUAUCCACUUCUUCGACGGCAAUACGAUUGGUUCCGCAAGACGCAGAGGGGUAACAUUAAGGCAUAUGACCGAGAGUCCUUCUCCUCCAAGGAGGCUUAUAGGUGGAAGGGCCGGUCCGAGACACAUUGUCUUACCAGUGGGCUGGAUGAUUAUCCUCGACCGCAGCCGCCGCACCCGGGUGAGCUCCAUGUGGAUCUCAUGUCGUGGGUGGGCUUCAUGACCAAGUCGCUCAUCAACAUUGCGGAUGCGUUGGGCAUUGCGGACGAAAUCGCCGAGCUCAAGAAGAAUCUAUUUGCCAUUGAGCGUAACCUUGAUGACCUCCACUGGUCGGAGAAGGAUGGCUGCUACUGCGAUGCCACUAUUGACGAAUAUGAGGAGCAUGCUCUCGUGUGCCACAAGGGAUACAUCUCGCUGUUCCCGUUCUUGGUCGGGUUGAUGAAGCCUGACGAUGCCAAGUUGGGCAAGAUUCUUGAUCUCGUGGGCGAUGAGAGUCACCUGUUCAGUCCUCAUGGCCUACGAAGUUUGAGCAAGCAAGAUCCGCUGUACGGGACGGAAGAGAACUACUGGCGCAGCCCAGUAUGGAUGCCCAUCAACUACAUGGCAUUAACACAACUCCACAGAAUCGCCACCCAGGAGGGCCCCUUCCAAGGCAAGGCUCGGGGCUUGUACAACAAGCUGCGCACGAAUCUGGUCGACACCGUGUUCAAGAGCUGGGAGGAGACGGGCUUCGCUUGGGAGCAGUACAACCCCGAGACAGGUGCCGGCCAGCGCACGCAGCACUUCACUGGAUGGACGAGCUUGGUGGUGAAGAUUAUGGCCAUGGCGCCCCUGGACGAUGCAGCGCCAAUUAGGGAUGAGCUGUGA